ACACAUAUUAUUUUGCACGUGCGACUUUUUUCCCCCUGUCAUCGUACACACCGAUCGACUGCCUGUUGAUUGCUAUAUUAUAUAGAGAGAGCACAAUUUUUCCAUAAAUUUAUUUAGGCCCUGUAUCGAUUCUUAUAUAUAGGGUGUGCACACCGCAGACGCAAAACAUUGUAUAAAACAUCUCCGCGAAGCAAAUGACAAGAGCGUAAGCACACGCGUAAUAUUUGAGGCUAUGAAAAUUCGUCGAUCGUAACUGCGCUUUCACGGCCGGAUAAUUUCGAUUUUCUAAAAAAGAAUAAAGCACAAAAUUUCCAAGUGUCGCGCGUAUCUUGUGCCGAGUGGGGGUGUGUGGGUUAAAGCCGGAGAAAGAAAAAUAGUUUUUUCUGAAAAAUCGCAAAUUCGUCGAAUAUAUACAGCAGAGAAGAUGGAACACUACAGAUACAACUGCAUCGGUGGCGUGUGCCCCCGCAGGGACUUUCGCAGGCCGCUGGAUAAGGAGACACGGGCCGAGGACCUGAUCGUCGUGCUGCACACCACCUACACGGGCCUCAAGGGCCUGCCCGGCUACAGCGUGAGCGCCGACGGCCAGGAGUACUACGACGCCCAGCGGUACAUCGAUUGCGACGAGGUGUAUCCGGGCGUCUUCAUCGGCGACGGACAGACCGCGUGUAACAAGCAGUACCUGUGCAACCGGAUCCACGCGACGCACGUGCUCAAUGCCGCCGAGGGCAAGUCCUUCGGCUACGUCAACACCGACGCCAAGUACUACGCGGGCACGGGCAUCGAGUACAUGGGCUGCCACAUGAUCGACGCGCCCAGCACCAACAUCAGCCAGUACUUUUACCCGGCCGCCGACUUCAUCGACAACGCCCUGCGCAAGGGUGGCAGGGUGUACGUGCACUGCGUGCAGGGCGUGUCGCGCAGCGCCACCCUCGUCGUGGCCUACCUCAUGAUCAAGAAGGGCAUGCUGGCCAGCGAGGCGCUGCGCACGGUGACGCUCGCCCGCAACAUACAGCCCAACAGCGGCUUCCUGAGACAGCUGGCCGAUCUCGACAAUAGCUUAAGAAGAUCGCGAUCGUGAAGAGCGCAAAAACUUACCAAACGUUAUCCGCAUCGCGAAGUAUUUUUGUUUUCUCGAUGUUCUACUAUAUAUACACUUAUUGUUGUUAUUAUUAUUAUACAAUGUCGGUAGCGAUUAUUUAUUUUUUGUAUAACAAGCAUUGAUCGCUAUUAGAAAAAUCGUAAGUCACGCGUGAAUCAAAGUUGUUAUUUAUUCCGAUCUUAUGAAUUUUAAAGGACGAUGAUUUGUAUAGUUAUUUUUUUUUUACACACGUGUUAAGUUGAAAAAUUCACUGUUUUCGGUUAUGCUAAUUGUUUAGAGGUAUUUUUGUAAGUAUCGAUUACUUCGUUUUUGUACGAUCACUACUAAAAAGAAAUACUCAAAUAAAGAAACAUUCAGUAUGCUAGA